UGUUUGAUUCUUCAGCGAGAGAUAUCGGAGGUGUGGCGUGAGAGUGUGUGAAGAGAGUCAGAUGCUUGUGUUUCACACUCAGUGUGUGAGAGAUGCAGCCGUACAUAUUAGUAACAAUAUGAAUAGAAACACUAGACAGUGUUCAUCUGCACCAACAGCCUGUGCUCGUGGAUUCAGAUCUAUCAUUCUGGAAUCCAGGGCCACAAAAAUUUCUCUGAGGACCUCAAAUGGCCCACGGAGCAGACUUUGGACCCCCUGAACUUUGAGACCUUGACACGAUCCUUAUCUCUGAUGGCUGGCCGUAACUGGUUUAUGGCUGAGACUUUGGGUUGUUUAUCAGUUCUCAUCAGAUGAAGAAGAAACCCAAACCGGUUGAGACUGGAUCUAAUGUGGACAAAAGAGAAGAAACAAACUAAAGUGUGUGGAUCAGAAAACACACUCGCUGUUGUUUUCUUUAGUGGAGAAUCCCAGUCUGUCUAACUGGUUCAUCUCUGGCUCUGACUGACUGAAGAGGAAGAUGGACGUUUAUGCAGAAGAAGAGGAGAACAGAGCAGAACCUUCAGGAUCCAGCUGUCCUCCUAUGAAGAGCAGCUUCUCGCAGCCCAGACCUCCAGACCUCAGUGGAGCAGAACCUCCAGGACCCAGCUGUCUGUCUAUGAAGAGUGACUGGUCCAGGCAUCGUCCUCCAGACCUCAGUGGACCCGGACCUUCAGACACAAAAUGUCAGAACCACAGAUGGAGAGCAGAACCUCCAGGACCCAGCUGUCUGUCUAUGAAGAGUGACCGGUCCAAGCAUCGUCCUCCAGACCUCAGUGGACCUGGACCUUCAGACCCAAAGCUGCUUGCUGCCAACAAGAAGCUUCCAGAACAUCAGGAAGAGUCCAGCUGGUUGUCGGUGACGAUGAGAGAGCUGACCAGAGGGAGGAAGAGAAGUUCUGUUGCAGAUGUUGGUCUGCAGGAGGUUCUAGACGAACAUCGGCUCAGUCUGAGGAGCAGAUGUGAACGUGUGACUGAAGGAAGUGAUGAACCAGGAAGUAGAACCCUCCUGAACAGGAUCUACACUGAGCUCUACAUCACAGAGGGACAGAGUGAAGAGGUUAAUACCCAACAUGAGGUGAGACAGCUGGAGACCACUUCCAGGACCAAGAGGCUCCAUGAUGCUCCAAUCAGGUGCCAGGACAUCUUUAAAGCCUCACCUGAUGAAGACGAAGACACAGACAAAGACCAGCAUAACGAUAAAGUUAAAGCCAUCAGAGUGGUUCUGACCAACGGCGUCGCUGGAGCUGGAAAAACCUUCUCAGUGCUGAAGUUCACUCUGGACUGGGCCGAGGGCUCGGAGAACCAGGAUGUCCACGUGGUGCUUCUGCUUUCCUUCAGGGAGCUGAACUUGAUCAGAGAUGAGCAGCACAGUCUUCUCACGCUGCUCCGUGUUUUCUAUCCAACAUUCCAGAAGCUCCCAGCAGAGAAGCUGGCUGUCUGGAAACUUCUCUUCAUCUUUGAUGGUCUGGAUGAAAGCAGACUUCCACUGGACUUCAGCAGCAGUCAGCUGCUUUGGGAGGUCACACAGAGGUCAUCAGUCCAGGUGCUGCUGACAAGCCUCAUCAAGGGGACCCUGCUUCCCUCGGCUCUGGUCUGGAUCACCUCCAGACCUGCAGCAGCCAAUCAGAUCCCUCCUUCAUGUGUCCACAGGGUCACAGAAGUACGAGGCUUCACUGACUCGCAGAAGGAGGACUACUUCAGGAGGAGGUUCAGUGAUGAAGAGCUGUCCAGCAGAAUCAUCUCCCACAUCAAGACCUCCAGGAGCCUCCACAUCAUGUGUGGAAUCCCAGUCUUCUGCUGGAUCACUGCUACAGUUCUGGAGAACAUGUUUUCUACAGAGCAGAGAGGAGAGCUGCCCAAGACCAUGACUGACAUGUACUCACACUUCCUGUUGGUUCAGACCAAGAGGAAGAAGAACAAGUACCAUGAAGGACCUGAGACUAGUCCUCAGGAGCUGAUGGAGGCUGACAGGGAGCUUCUUCUGAAGCUGGGGAGGCUGGCGUUGGAACAUCUGGAGAAAGGAGACAUCAUGUUCUACCAAGAAGACCUGGAGCAGGCUGGUCUGGAUGUCUCAGAGGCCUCGGUGUUCUCAGGAGUUUGUACAGAGAUCUUCAGAAGAGAGUGUGUGAUCUUCCAGAAACCAGUCUACUGCUUUGUUCAUCUGAGCGUUCAGGAGUUUCUGGCUGCAGUCUACAUGUUCCACUGCUUCAGCAGCAGGAACAUGGAGGUGACGGAGAAAUUCCUGGGAGAAGAUUACAGAGGCUCAUUUCUGGAGGACUUCUUGGGAGGAGACUACAGAGACUCACCUCUGGAGGACUUCCUGAAGAGAGUGAUGAAGAAAUCCCUCAGCAGUGAAAAUGGCCACCUGGACCUGUUUGUCCGCUUCCUUCAUGGCCUCUCUGUGGAGUCCAACCAGAGACUCUUAGGAGGUCUGCUGGGUCAGACACAGAUCAGUCCAGGAACCAUCCAGAGGACCAUUAACAACCUGAAGGAGAUGAACAGUGAUGGAGUCUCUCCAGACAGAAGCAUCAACAUCUUCCACUGUCUGAUGGAGAUGAAGGACCUCUCAGUUUAUCAGCAGGUCCAAAACUUCCUGAAGUCAGAGAACAGAUCAGAGAGACUCUCAGAGAUCCAGUGUUCAGCUCUGGCCUACAUGCUGCUGAUGUCAGAGGAGGUUCUGGAGGAGUUGGACCUGCAGAAGUACAGAACAUCACCACGGGGACGACUGAGACUGAUUCCAGCUGUGAGGAACUGCAGAAAGUUCAGAGCUGCUGGUUGUGGUUCUGGUUCUGGUCCUGGUCCUACACUCGCUGAGACUGACUGUGAAGUUGUGUCCUCAGCUCUGAAGUCCAACCCGUCCCAUCUGACAGAACUGGACCUGAGUUUCAAUGGCUUGUCUGAUUCUGGAGUGAAGGUUCUGAGUUCUGGACUGGAGAGUCCAAACUGUAGACUGGAGGUUCUGAGGUUGGAGAACUGCAGCUUGUCAGAGAUCAGCUGUUCUUCUCUGGGCUCAGCUCUGAUGUCCAACCCGUCCCAUCUGACACAACUGGACCUGAGCUGGAAUGACCGGUUUGGUUCUGUAGUGAAGGAUCUCUGUGGUUUCCUGGAGAGCCCAGGCUGUAGACUGGAGGUUCUGAGGUUGAAGAGCUGCAGCUUGUCAGAGAUCAGCUUUUCUUCUCUGGGCUCAGCUCUGAUGUCCAACCCGUCCCAUCUGACAGAACUGGACCUGAGUCACAACCACCUGUGUGGUUCUGUAGUGAAGGAUCUCUGUGGUUUCCUGGAGAGUCCAGACUGUAGACUGGAGGUUCUGAGGUCAGUUCUCUGCAGCUGUUGAAGGUUUUCCUGUGUU